GACAUCUGAACAAACGUCGUCGUCUGCUGAUGACGUGCGCGGGGUUUUCCGGGUGCGACGGCUUGAGAUGCAGGCUAGCAGGCUAACCGAGUAACGUCGAAACACAGAUACUACAGCGCUGUUGACUAACGUCGAGAGUCGGAGGGUGGGAAGUCGAACAUGAAGGGGGUAAACGAUUCAUUUUACAAGGGGUGUUUCUGAAAGUGAAGUCGCCGUGAUCUACAUAGAUUGAUCUAGCUAAAAACAAAAUGUCAACAACGCGGCCCCUCCUCGGGAUGAAGCGAAUCACCGAGGUAACCUGCACAGAGCCGCCGGGAGGCAGGCAGUCCCCGACCGCCAGCAGAAAGCAGUCCGAGCCGCUCACCGUAGACGAGUUCACGGUACAUGAGGACAAGCAGACAGAGCUCAGAUGCAGCAAACCGAAAGUCGAACAGGUUUUCCAAGUGACAUUCACGAUUAUUGGGCUCUUGGAUCACACUGGAGCCCACGGAAGUAAGGCUUCCAGGCAGAUCUGGCUCAAGCUGAAGGGGAAAAAGGAGGAUGUGUCAAAAGCGAAGGAGUAUGUGAAAGGCCUAUGUGACCCAGAGCUUCAGAAGGAAGAAUGGUACCCGGUGGACAUGCACUGCAUUUUUGCUGGUGCUCGUGGACUCUUUUUAGACCGGCUGCUUAGAGACACGAGUGCAGAGGUCCAAGUUCUGGAGCCGGGUCGUCUGAGGUUGAGCGGGCGUGCAGAGGCUGUCGUCAUGGCUCAAAGUCGUGUUCAACAGUUUGUCGCUCUCUUUCAGGAGAAGCGAAGCUUGCCAGCUGACAGAGAGCCCUUGGUUAAGCGCACUUUUAAGACUUUUGUGGAGGACCGGGCUGAUAAAUAUGCCAUGGAGCUGCUUUUGCUGCCCAGUGCCCUCAAAGAGGAACUUUUGGGCUUGGCCCAAAGCCCAACGCAGCCUAUAGCUAUCAUAGACCUUGAGCAGGACCGCUCCCAGACUAGCACACCUGUAACAGACCUCUCCAACCGUAUCCUGGACACCACGUUUGAAGAUAAAACCUCAGGUCCUGCCACCACUCCUGAUGUUAUGCCUGGUCUGAAUGGUCGGCCUUGCAAUAAGCGACGGUCCUCUGGAAGCGAGCAGAGGGACAUUAAGAGGCAAUAUUCAUUGGAGAGGAGAGAAGAGGAGCAGUUGGAUGAGCGACAGCGAGAGCCAAGCCAAACUUGGACAGUUGCGCCUGCGAAAGGGACGCUAGUAGCUAGUGAAUCGACAAAUGAAAGUGAGGUGGUGAGUCCUGAGACUAACUUGCGCUGUCUUGUUAACUUCUUCCGAACCAUGGGCUACCAGCAGGAGGUGGUGGAGCGGGUGGUGCGUGAGACGGGGCAGACAGAAGACACGUUUUUACUUCUGGAACGAAUAGUGGAAGAGACUCAAAAGACCCAGAGAACACAAGGAACACAGUGCACUUCUCGCACUCCCGACCCGAUGCCCUGCGCAAACGCCUUGUCCACCUCUACCUGCAUCAGGCUCAAAGAGAAGGAACGGGCACAGAUGCGAGCUCUUGCAGAGAUCAAGAGCAAAGAAAACAUUAGACCACCUAGCACUAAUGGUAUAGGUCAGAAGAACCAGACAAGCAGCGUGCCACUGGCUUCUGCCACUCUUAAAAGAAACAAUGGUGCACAGACUGAUGUGUGUGAAGUGAUCAUCAUUGAUGACGAUGAUAACGACUUCACAGAGACAGAGAGGAAGCCUCGAAUGGCUGCACUUGAUUUGAAGACAGAGUCCCGGUUUGACUACUUGCCCCGUGGUAGCUCUCAAACAAUGGUUCCAGUCCGGAUGGAGAGUGUGACCAAUCUCCGCAGCUGCUCUCAAGGCCCUCCUCUCCGGAGCACCGAAACACGACCAGGAUGCUCUUACCAGACGCUCCCUGGAAGGGCACCUUUACCUCGCUCUGAGGCACAUAGCACCUCUAAACCAGCACCCCUCACCGGCAUAUCUCGGUUCCAGCAGUCCCUGAGAACCCCCUACCGACUAAUCCUACAAAAUGAACCGGGCUGCCCAGAUCUGCGACACAUCAUCAUCGAUGGGAGCAAUGUGGCAAUGGCACAUGGACUCCAUCGAAUCUUUUCUUGUCGUGGAAUCGCCAUCGCUGUAGAGGCCUUUUGGCGCCGAGGGCACCGUGAAAUCACUGUCUUUGUUCCUCAGUGGAGACAGAAAAAAGACCCCAACAUCACUGAACAACACUUUCUGACCCAGCUGGAAAACUUGCGACUCCUUUCUUUCACUCCAUCUAGAGAAGUGUGUGGGCAGAGAAUUUCCUCCCAUGAUGACAGAUUCCUACUUCAUCUGGCUGAGAAGACAGGUGGGGUUAUCGUCACCAAUGACAACCUGAGGGACUUUGUGAACCAGUCAGAAGCGUGGAGAAGGAUUAUUCAGGAGAGACUCUUACAGUUCACCUUUGUAGAAGAUCACUUUAUGAUCCCAGAUGACCCACUUGGAAAAAAUGGACCUCACCUAGAUGAGUUUCUAUUUAAAGACCGUCGAGGUAGUCCCAUAAUGGCCCCACCAAGGACAGACCUUCGGGCAACCCCUUCAGUAUACACCUCGGCAGCACAGUCCACAGCACAUCCCUCUUCCCCUUCCCACUGGCCACACUCUGGACCUCCAGACUGGCACCUUCCUCGACUGUCCCCUUCUCCACCUCCACAGCGGUCACCCUCAGAAACCACAGAGCUCAAAAGGAAGUUGUACGACAUCUUUCCUGACCAAAAGCAGCGUAUUGACCAUAUCCUCAGCGACAACCCAUAUAUGAGGGACCUGAAUGCUCUGUCGGGCCUUUUGCUGGGCUGAAACACUUUUACACCCAAAAUUGUGGUUUUCACUCUUGUGCAUGGAGGUCACAGGGCUUUUUUCAUUAUUAAGGAAUUUCAUGAUGGAAAAGCGCUGCUACAAGCUUUUAUUUGUUCAAGCUUUUAUUUGUUCCAUCAACUAAUUUAGAUUAUGAUAUCCAGGGCCCUCUGAUCGACUGCAAGCACAAAAACCUAGUUAUAAGUUGUUUAAUCGCUUUAAAUAUACGAGAAUGUACAGUCCAAAUGGCAUAUAUUUGAUGUAAAUAUUUGUGAACACAACACAGUUGUUUUGAACUGGCUUUGCUUUAGUUACUGCUGAAGGACCAUUUGAUUUGCAGUUUUUGAUAUGAUUAUGCUUUAUGUAAUUUCUGUUUUUGUAAAUAUUGACAUUAUUGAGCCAAAUGAGUACUAGUUUCAGUCACUCAAAGUGCCCCACUGAAGUGCCCUGUCAUCUGCUUGCAGGACAAAAUUGCUCAUUUCCUGUUCACUAAUUUUAGUUCCCGUUAAUUUUGGUGAUGGUGACAAAUUGCUAUGCUGUUUCUAGGAAUCCCUGGAGACCCCCUGUAUCACCCAAGAGACUGUGAAACAGUUAAAUGGUUUAAAAAGUUUCCAGAUUACUCAGUGACCUGGCACGUCCCUUCCUCUGCCCUGUUGUGCAAGUCACCGUUAAUAUCAGACAGGAAACCAAAGCUGUCAUUGAUGUAAACCUUUGUCCCAGUUUUGACCAUCAGAGGGCACUGUGGGAUUGCUAGCCUUUACCAACCUCAUUAUGUAAUGGAAGACAGAACAUAAACAAAAUGCAAUUUCACAGUUGAAAAACAUUAUUUUAGAGCAUUUUAUUGCCACAAAAAUGCAUUUUCACUGUUAUUGUUACGGCAUCAGCUUUUCCCUGUCUUUGAAAUAUGUGCAGCGUUGGACUUUGUGAAUUGGUAUUCAAUUUUGGGAAUGAAAAUGCAUAGGCGUUAAACCCACGGAAGCAUCACAGACUCGGCAGGCACUGUGGGUAUCUCACAGUAUGGCUGCUGAAAACCUUUUUCUUUUUCUGGAAGGCAGUGUUAAUAAAGGCCAAUUAUGUGUUUAUCAGGAA